CAUAGGGGUUCCUUGCUUGUCACAUUUUGUGAGUCAUGUCCUAGGUUGUAACGCAAGGGCAGAUUGUAGAUUUCACAUGAUACAAUCCAACCAAGAACUUAGAAAUUCUGUCAAAUGUCCUAACUGGCUCCCACUUCCAAUCAUAGUGUUUCAAUAAAAUACCUUAAAAACCCUCUUAAAACCUCACAGCACCGAAACGCCUUUCUUGUGUUUGUGUUAUGUCCAGACUCAGAAGAUAGCUGCUAUUUCAACAUGUCUAUCUCACACACAUCUUCUGAAGCCAACUUUCAUCUUCUUCUUCUUGUUCUCCUUGCUGUUGCUGCUUCUGAUGUUGUUGUGACAGCUUCAUAUUCUUCAAUUCAUGAGCUACUUCGCAGCAAUGGCUUACCUGCAGGGCUUUUCCCUGAGAGUGUGAAGUCAUACAAAUUGGACCAGAAGGGUCGUUUGGAGGUGCAGUUAGAUCGUCCAUGUCUGGCCAAGUAUGAGAACAGGGUCUUGUUUGAGACUGUGGUGAGUGCUAACCUCAGUUUUGGACAGCUUAAAGGGUUGGAAGGUCUCUCUCAAGAAGAGCUUUUUCUAUGGCUUCCUGUGAAGGAUAUCAUUGUCAAUGAUCCUUCAUCUGGUCUCAUCCUUAUUGAUAUUGGUCUUGCUCAUAAACAGCUCUCACUCUCUCUCUUUGAAGACCCCCCUGUUUGUAGAUCUCAAGGUUCUUCACUAUACACAGCAGGAAGGAAGAUUAUUGGAUUUCAAGAUCAGAGAUGAAAGAGUUGGUUUCUCAGAAAAGUUGGUUUCUUUUCUAUUUUCAAUUUUGUUCCUUAGAAAGAGUUACAUGGUGCAAUAUGCAUAGAUCCAGCAAGGGUUGUGAUGAAUUUCAUACUCAUAAAUUGAUGGCGGUGUUUACUAUUGUAAAAAAUGAAUCUUUCUGCAAUUUUGUGUGCCGCUUUAUUUCUAAGGGGAAAUUCUUUGGUGUCUAUGGAAGUUGUGCGUAAUUUGGCUAAAGGUAAAGAUAAAGUAAGGUGGAACCCAGUCUUUUAUGUUUGAAUUCUCUGAGUGAAAUCUAGGCAUCAUAGAAGAUACCAUUUCUAAAUUCUAAUGUUCAAGCUGUUUCAUAUCAUGUCAUCACAUUUUCUUCCUUUUCCUUUUCCUUUCCCUUUUCUUUUUAUUCUUAAGAAGGAAGUUAUUCAUUGAAAGAAAAGGCUACUUGAUAGUAGGUGGUCCUAUACAAAAAUUAUUCCGUGGAUCUGCAUCUGCUAACAUGACUGUUAUUGGCUGAUUGGUGAAACCAAAUUUUACUCCCAAAUUUGAAUAGAAAAGGCUCCAUUGCUUUGAGUUCAAGUUGAAGACUAUGGUCCAUGGGGAUGUUUACAUGGUCAUUAUUAAUUAGACUAACUUGACUUGGAUAUCAUGCGGUCAAUAAUGUCAUUCAGCUGCCAAUUUAUUUCUUAGAUGCAAAUUUUCAGUUCUGUUUUCUAAACUAUAAAAGAAAUAACUCACUAUCUUGUUUGUCCAGUUCAAAUAGUCAAUAUAAAAUUCAUUGAUUAGAGACAAGACCUUUUUCUUUGGUGUAAGACAACUAUGUUGGAC